AUGACAUAUAACCCACAAUCACGAAACACCAUUAUGUCAAAAAUCCAGCAGCUGUACGGCACUGAAAAACAAAACAAAAGGAGAUGUACUGGUGGGAGCAGAACAUAUCGCGCUGACGGGAUCACUGGACUUCAGUUAGCAAUCAAAAUUACCUUGGUGUUACGGCACACAUCUUCGACUGUGAAUGGAAACUCCACGAUGCUAAAAACGGAGACCAGGCAUUACGCCGAUGCCUGCGCCCAGCAGUUUUUGUCUGUGCAUGGGGAGUUCAACCAAACAUCACCACAGUCGGCACAGCUUCCAUACGAGCACAUGGCUUGUGUUGCUCACAUGUUACUGUGGAGGUUCCUCCACAAUUAA